CUCAACUGUAUGAAAAUGUCUUAACCUUCCAUAGUGCGAUGGCCGUGCAGUCCCAGCGCGUUCACGAGUAUUCGAAACGGGUUCUGUUGACAGACAGCCGAGGGCGAGACAACUCACUGCAGUCAUAUUUUGGACAUACUGGUGAAAAAUAAAAACGGCGUCCUCACGCAGUCGGUUGGUGUGGCGGCUGGCGGGGGAGGGGCCGGGCAGCAGCAGCAGCCGCAGCCGCAGCAGCAGCAGCCGCCGCAGCAGACAGCCUGAGACAUAAUCUUCCUGCAGUAUGUUUGGUUCGGAUUUAUGUGGAGCUGAAGAGCAGCCAGAAUCCAAGAAACUCAGAACUCUUAACAUCUGAUGUGAGAAGAAUCCUUUGAAGGUUUUGCAUUGUAGCUGGGCAGCCUGACUGCCUCCCCGCCUCCAGAUGAAUGAAGAGCACUCCGGAUCACAGAGACACUGCUGAUACAGGGCAUGCAGGUGUUUCUGCAAAUAUGAUGAAGAAAAAAAAUCCCAAUAAGAAACAUAAGAGCAAUCUGGGCCCAACCACCAAAGUUAUGUCACAGCCACGACGCAACAUUGUCGGCUGCAGGAUCCAACACAUCUGGAAGGACGGAAGUGGGCAUGUAGUAUGGAAAGGGACAGUUCUUGACCAGGUGCCAGUGAAUCCGUCUCUUUAUCUAAUAAAGUAUGAUGGCUUUGACUGUGUGUACGGUCUGGAGCUUCACAAGGAUGAGAGAGUUCAAGGACUCGAGGUGCUUCCUGACCGACUGGCUAAGUCCCGCCUGACAGACGUCAAUCUAGCUGAUACAAUGAUAGGCAAAGCGGUGGAACAUAUGUUUGAAACCGAGGAAGGUCCAAAGGAGGAAUGGCGGGGAAUGGUGCUGGCCCGGGCUCCCAUCAUGACCACCUGGUUUUAUAUUACUUACGAAAAAGAUCCAGUCCUCUACAUGUACCAAUUGCUGGAUGACUUUAAAGAAGGAGACCUACGCAUCAUGCCUGACUCAAAUGACAGCAUCCCAGCUGAGAGAGAACCAGGCGAGGUGGUGGACAGUCUGGUGGGGAAACAGGUGGAGUAUGCCAAAGAGGACGGAGGCAAACGAACAGGCAUGGUCAUCCACCAGGUGGAGGCCAAGCCGUCCGUAUACUUCAUCAAGUUUGACGAUGACCACCUCAUUUAUGUCUACGACCUGGUGAAAACUUCAUGACUUUGCAGACACCCUGACCCCACUUCUCCUUGGACGGAAACCAAACACCAGACACAUACACGUUGACACAUCACAAACGUCAUCCUGUAACACGCUCUGCUGACCCUUAACGACUAAAGCCCCAGGGGAUCUUUUAAAAGCGAAAAGUAUACAUGUUUGAGUCGGCAAUUAUGUCUGUUAUUCAGACUUGGGAAUAUAGAAAGAACUCCAGGUAGUUAGGUAGGCAGCAAUGUAGCAACAAGGUAGUUCUUUCUUUGUCAACUAACAAGCUACAAGAAACUCAAUUUGACAGUGCUUGUUAGUGUAAAUGGCAUUUAAAGAAAAAUCACACUACACAUUCUGAAUAUGAGGACAUGAAUGAAGCUUGACGCAGAGACAUCCUCAUCGUUGUCUGUUGACUCGUAUUAUGACCAUUUGGAUGCCCGUUUUUUUAUUUUAAAGCCAUGAAAAGAACAUAAAUGCCCAAUACCGAGCCCAAACCAUGUGAAUCCAGUCUUUAUUUUCAAAGUCCUUUGCACUUCCAUGUUAUCAUUUUGACUCUUUUGAAAGCUCUUUAUUUAACGAAUACUGUUUUUAUUUUCCUUUAGCUUUAGAUAUUCAUGGGAUUUCCUUUGUUUGGGCCUAUCAUCCCACAAUUUUCUUUGACUUUUGAACAUGUUUUGCGUUUAUCACUAACCAGUGAUCCUUAAGUGGACCCAUGGCCAUUUUAGUAGUUUCACAUUCAUGAGGACAGGAAUUUAUUUGUUGAUGAAAAAUAUUAAUAUCAAAACUGGAUAUAUCCCAAACAACAAAGCAGGGUUUUGUACAGAACAAAGCAGGAGACACAUUGGAUUUAAAAAAAAAAAAGAAAGACAAUUUCACAGAUUUUAUUCAAAAUUAACGGAAUCCUCAGACGUCUGCAGAUGAAAACUGUGAUUAAAAAAGGGAUUUUUGUUUCCCCCUAAUUUUAUAUUGCCAAACUGCUAGUUGGUGUGGAUUUUUUUUAAGUGUUGUUGACUGUUUGUUAUGAUUUCACUAAAGCCUUUGCAUAAUGCUUUUGUGUACUUGCUGAAACGUCGCUGGAGUUUAAAAACAAACAAAACAAAAAGUUGUAGUUGUGAAGUAUAGUUUAUGUCUUAUUAUUACGAUACUAUGAUGAUGAUUAUAUCUGCGCUUCCUCCAGGUGAACUUGUUUGAAAACAGUUAUGCAUUCUUAGUGUUGAAGUUCAAGGCAAAUGUUGCAUUAUGUUGCACCUUAAAUCCCGAGGACGGAGUUAAGAAGGUAGUAAAACAACCAAUAUUCUCUGGGCCAGUUGUCAGAUGUUGAGUGAAAAAAACCUUACAGAAAUACACUCGAGUGUAACCAAUGUGACUUUUUUUGAGGAAUGGAAACGGGAUUCCACCAAUGUCUGCGUUUAAACUCGAGACGAGUUUCUUUUGUUCGCGAUAUGAAAAGUCAGACUUUCGGUGAUGUUGGUGUAUGUUGUGUUGGUCAGUUCCACACCAUUGGAUACAGUAGAUAGUUGGUUGUAUUACUCUAUGUAGGUGACACAAUGAUCCUCCAGGAAAUGUUUCUUUUCAUUUCAUUGCCUUUACGCACAAGUGAAGGUUUACGAUAAACACAGACACAUUUUUGUGUUUCAGUCCAUCAUUCCUACCAUCAAUAAUGUCGUAUAGCUGAAUAACAAAGACUGGAGCGUUAUUUGCGUCUGUAAUUACUAAACAAGGUAACCUAACAUGCUAUGUAUGGUUUGAGGAUACAUAUGUUUUGAGGUCUAAAAUGAUGAUCUUGGUUUUCUAAUCCAAAAUGUACCCUGAAGAAUCACGUCGGAGGUAAAGAAAACAAUGUUGAAAGCCAUUGAGGGUGUUUUGGUUUAGUCUAUGUACUGAUGAGAUGCAAAUGUCAAGCCUUCAGUUUGUGUACUUCUAGUGAUGUAGAUAGUCAUCAGAACAGAUAGAUGACAACUAUUAUUCAUAACUGCACAAAAAUGGUCUUUGCCAGACUUUUAUGCGCAUAUAGUAUGUUUUUCAAUCGAGGUAUUUCAUCUCAACACGCACUGUUUUAGUUGACAACACAAUUUACCUGCAAAGUUGUGUUCAUAACAGUCUGUUUUCUUUUAUCUUGCAGUUACUGAUAAUUGUUGUUGAUGUCGGAAUGACAUGGCUUUUUCUAUCACCCUGCCUUGUAUUGUUUUUUUUUGUAUGAUUAAACAUAUAUGUUAAUUUUUACUGUUCAUGUAAA